UUGGAAAUUACAUCCAAUAUGUUGAUAAUCGCAUUCAAUCGAUAGAGAACCACAAAACAACUGGUGACUGAAUACAGAAAAUAGAGAAAUCGUAUUGUCGGACGCACGUCUGGGAAACGAACCCAUUUUCUUGGACAUAUUGGAGAAGUUUCUUUGUCUAACAACAGGGUAAUUAAUUGAUAACUUAUCACCCAUCUCCAGUGUCUUGCAGGCAGAAGAGGUCAGGCUAGAUUUCAAACAAUCGAAAGUAAAGGACAAAAAUUGGAGAUUAGCUUGCUCCGUCGCUGCUUUCGCUAGCCUACUUCAAAAAUUAGUUACAAUCUUGUGCUAUUGAUUUGCCUGUGUUCGUUUUUUAAGCCGCAGAGUCGUGGCCAUAAUGAAUGAUCUUGUGUUAUAAACAACCGCGUGUGGUACAUAGUUCACACUAAAACUCAAUCAGUGUACUGCCUGUCUAAACAAAAUAUUGUUCUGUUUAGGCAUCUUAGAAAAAUCACCAGAGCAGACGGAUCGCUUUUUGCCAAAAGAUGUAGAGGAGCCCAUGUGAAAAGUAAACCGGAUGCGAACAAAUCGAAGACAAGAAAACAAGAAAAUAUUUAUAAAAAGGCACAUGACGAGUGAUGAUUGGAUGGCUCUGUUUAUACAGUGUAAUCGUUCUCCAAUCAGUUGAACUCUCAACUUCUGAGCCAAUUGGUGGAUGGGGUAAGUGGGGGUCGUGGAGCACCUGUUCAGUGACCUGUGGCUUUGGUUCAAUCAGGCGUAACAAACAGUGGGAAUAUCCGGACGGUAGAACGGCUAACUACACUUUGACCAAAAUUGUUGAGUGUUUUAUCAAGACAACCUGUCCCACCCAUGGCGGUUGGGGUAUGUGGACUGGAUGGACCAGAUGUCCGGUGAUGUGUGGUGGCGCCAACGUUACCAGAAGGAGGCUCUGUAAUGCUCCAGAGCCCAAUAAUGGUGGAAGAUUCUGUAACGGAUCUGCAACUGAUUCAUUCAUUUGCAACAAUGUCACUUGUCCUGAAAUCCCUCCAGAUUUCGAUAUGAAAAGUUGUUUCAAUGAUUCCAUGUUCGUGUGCAAAAGUGGGCAACACUGUGUUCCUAAUUCGCUGAAAUGUGAUUUUGAGCUAGAUUGUCACGAUGGCACGGAUGAAAGAGACUGCAUCAUUUCAUUAGGAAUGGGAAUAAAUUCUUCCAUGCAGAAAUCAAAGUUUUUAGCUGUGAUAUGUACAUUGCUAAUUCUAUGGGAGAAAUUAUUUGUCACUUAAACGUGUGAUACAUUGCAUAUAUAUUAGUCAUCAUUUUCCAUUGAUCCUAUGGCAGAGGAUAAUAUGGACCACAAAAAGGGACCUUGAACUUAAACCUCCUAACAACUGCUGGCAGUAUGGGCGUGAUAUCUACUGACCAUUUUAGUAGCAAUGUGUCAAACGUAAACUUAUGACCACAAUGUAUAGUUUGUCACGUAUAAUUGUUUGUAAAUCGUGUGUUACAAAUGUUAUUGUUGAGAUAUAUACACUGUUUUUUCUUAAUAAAAAUAUUACCUCUU